AUGAGGAGGCGACAGAGGACCGAUUUGCCGCCAAGACGGAGACGACGUCCUGCGAAAGUGGCCUGUUGCGGUAUCAUAAUAACCAUCGUCCUUCUCUGCCAAUACGCUAGCGGACAAUCGGAAGAAGCGAUAUCUCGUUCAACAGAGGCGCUUAAUCGGCCGUCGAUUCAAAAUGUUCGAGAUGGCAUCAAAAAGAAGGGGCUCUUGUUCUAUCGCUUCUUCAGCGGCUUCCUGAAUAGAAACCGAUUCGAACACGGGCGACUUGAUUGUGACUAUGAUGAUCCAGAAAAGGUCAAGUUUUGCCCACCUGCACCGCCUCCAAUGCACGUUCGAAUGUUGGACAGAAACAAGAUGGACAAGACCGAACCACUGCCAAUGAAAUGUCUUGAUCAACCAGAUGAUCCAGAUUGUCGGCAACUCAAGCAAGUCAUUGUUCCAAGAUCCACCUUAUUCACUUCAGCAGCAAGAAAAUGGCCUACUGCAGCUCCAAUUGCCACACAAGAACCAACCAGGGAUGAUUGCUAUGGAAACAUGUUGGAUGGGCGCUUUUGCUCUUCAGAGCAGCCAACAAUCUCUGAGGAACCCACUGUUGCAUCAAUGCCCAAGACAGAAUUACCGGUGGCCAGUCUCAAGAGCGCACCAAGAGGGUCCAAAAUGGCCCCAACACGGGCUCCAACCCAAGCCCCACGCGACAAGUAUGUCAGUGCUGGAACCGUUGAGAAGCACAGAGGAGAAAGCCCAACUACUAACACGGAAGGUGGAAGAUAUGUGUUUAGGCCAACCACUUUGACGAUUUUUUCGGACCAUGGCGCGAAAAUUACUCACCACCCAACGCCGCCGACAUCGAUUCCCCAGAGAGGUGAUGGCAACACCACUUUAAUUCCAACAGCAAGCCCAAAGUUACAGUUUGCUGCUCCUGCAGUCAUAACUCGGAAGCCUAAAGCGACGCCACAACCGAGCAUACUGCCCUCCACUCAAAAGGAAGACUUUGAGAGUGCUGGAUCAGCGGAUUCAUGGACUGGUGGCUCACUUUCCAAAAGAGAGGACGGCUCCCAGUUCUUGGGUCUUUUGGGACAAGGAAACAGUGAGAUCUAUCAGGAAUUUGAAAUACCCUUGUCAGCAAAUGAAGAAGACCCAAAAGAGGCAAACUCUGUAACUGUACAGUUUUCUUUGUAUCUGCUGGACAAGUGGACUCCCCCCGACAAGGUGUUUGUGGUUGUCAAUGGCAUCAGUGUUGACCUUGGAGAGUUGGAGAGCACCAGCACUGGGAGCCGCUCUGGAGAAGCGGGGCAUUACCUGGGAGAGCAUCCCCCCAAAGCGUGGCAUCAGCAUCAUGAAGAAUGA